GCUCUCUCGCAACGAGGCGCUUGUGUGUGUUCCUGACAAUCGGCACCAAAAAUUGCGCUGAUUUAGUUUUGUUUUUGCUUCGCCCCGACCCGGCUUGGUGACUCGAUCGUCCGUCGGGAACCCUAAAAAUCUGCGCCGCUCCGUACGACAGCGGAACGCCCGUGCGGCCACCAUGUAAACGUUUGUUGGCGUGAUAUCUCGCACGCGUCUGUGUUAUCGGUGAAACGACGGGACUUUCCUUCGACUCCUGCUCCGGGAGCCGCAGGGGGAGCUCAAAGAAAAAAGGGAAGCCUCGGCGCAUUGGUAUCGCCGCGUUACAAUAGGCCACUCGAACAGGAGCGGCGAUGAAGCUCCGCGUCUCGCAGCACAGCUUCCACCAUGACGACAGCCCACAGAUCAAGGCGGUCGACGAAUCGAGCCCCGCCCUGGUGGGCAUCGGGGUGGGCAGCUUGGUGCUCGUGGUCGCUCUGGCCGCCGUCUCGUGUGCCUGCUACCGGCGCCGUGGGACUUCGCAGACCAAGGGUCCCUCGCAGCGCCGACACCCGGACAAGAACCUGCCCCUGAAGAAGUCGUCGGCCGUGCGGUCGCCCAGCAGCGGCCCGGCAGGCCCCAUCCUCAAGAAGUCGCCCAGUCCGACGGGAGGAAGCAAGUCUCCGCUAGGUGGCGGAGUACACAAGUCGCCCUCCAGUCAAGGUGGUUUGACGCCACCGACGGAAACGGCCCGCUCAAUAUGCGAGUCGGCGACCAAGGAAGUACGCGCUGUAGUGCCGGCCGCGGCGGCAGCCUCGACCACCGGCGCCUCGGUUGUCGCUUCGACAGCCAGGGCGCAUGCAGAUGGUGACAAGAAGGAUGUCAGCCCGCCGGCAACUGAAGACGUCGCCGACACCAAGGAGAAAGAGGUGACGGAAGAGAAGCCCACGCAACUUGGUCAGCUGCACUUCCGACUGCGUUACAACUCGGAGAAGCACGCACUGCUCGUGACCAUCGAGCGCUGCUCGGACCUGCCGGCGCGGGACCCGAACACGGGCUCGUCGGACCCCUACGUCAAGCUACAGCUGCUGCCCGAGAAGCAGCACAAGGUGAAGACGCGCGUCCUUCGACGCACGCUGAGCCCGGUGUACGACGAGGACUUCACUUUCUACGGCAUCAACCCGAACCAGCUGCAGGCCACCACGCUGCACUUCGUCGUGCUCAGCUUCGAUCGGUACUCGCGCGAUGACGUCAUCGGCGAAGUGGUCUGCUCCAUGGCGGGUCUCGACACCGACCACCUCGACAAGACGCUCGCCCUGUCGCGAGACAUCGCGCCUCGGCACUUCAAGAUUCGUUGCCAGGGCCGCGGCGAGCUGCUCGUCUCUCUCUGCCAUCAGCCGGCGGCCAACCGACUCACCGUAGUGGUCCUCAAGGCCCGGAACUUGCCCAAGGUGGACAUCACCGGGCUCUGCGAUCCGUACGUGAAGAUCUACCUGCUGUACAACGAGCAGCGGAUCGCCAAGAAGAAGACGCACAUCAAGAAGCGCACCGUGAACCCGGUGUUCAACGAGUCGUUCGUGUUCGAGGUGCCGUACAACGAGGGCCUGGACAACCUGAGCCUCGAGUUCCUCGUGCUCGACUGGGACCGGGUGACCAAGAACGAGGUGGUGGGACGCCUGCAGCUCGGCCCGCGCGGAUCGCCCGCCGCGCAGCAGCACUGGCGCGAGGUGCGCAACUCGCCCAGGCGCCAGAUCGCCGAGUGGCACAAGCUCAGGGAGUAGGGACGACCGCAGCCGACCGGCCCUGCGCGAGUCAGGAGGUUUAGGAUGGAACAGCACGGCUCUAUCUGCGGAUUCAGGCAUAGAAGACGCAUAGAGCAACUUGAAUCGGACAGAGGAAUGGCGAGACACCGUUUCGCUUACUUCUGAUGUUCAUUGGCCUUCUGGCUCGGUCUAGAAGCUUCCCUUUCCUGAACGGAGUAUUAUUUUUUUGACACUUACCGAUGCUGACGGGAAUUUGACUUUAAUGUUUUCUGAUGACUCCACGAAGCUUUCUCGCGAUUUAAGCGAGGCUAGAUAAGCUAACAUCACUUGUCGUAAACCUUUAUUCGCACACCUUUGUCCUCACAAACACUUUGCGGCAUGUGUUUUGUGAGUCGUAAGUGUUGCUUGCGAGAUCUUUUUUUUUUUUGCGCUUAUUGCGGCUUGCGUUCUUACUGACUAAGAAGUUUUUGAAUGUUCUGAGACGCAUCGCUGCUUAUUGCGUGGUCAUACGCGUUGUAUACCCUGCAGUGCGGCUUCGGCCAGUAUAUUGAAAAGCAUAUGCAAAUGAUGCUUUGUACAUACCAGUCGUUGUGCGUAGCCUAAACUGUUAGAAAGAAAAGCGUCUUUUCCCCCCCCUCUCUCGGUUGCUUCCUCAUCGGCGACGUGAUGUAGUUUAAACCGAGUUAAGCUUUUUCUUGCAGUUUCAGCAACGUGAUGAAACCUACCUUUCUUUUAUGAGAUUACCUACUUUUUUUUCGCACUGACUGAAAACUUGUUUAAGCUGCUAAAACAGAGAGUGUCCUCGAAUACAGUGUGCUUCUUGUUCAACAGAAAAUGCAGAUUUUGUUGUUAGGAUCUAAGUGCACCUGUUCCACAAGGCCUCCGAUAAUACCUAGCUAUAUACUUAAGAGAGUGCUGUGUGAGUGGAUACAUACAUGCGUGGCAACUGAGUAUCAUUAACAAAGGAACUGGUAAUCUACGCGAUUGUUCACGCACACCAGACACACGUGUCGCGAUAGUUCUUAAUAAAAGCUACAACUGCACACAAAGUCACAGUAUUUAAAUAUACAUGGAACAUCAACAUGAGCUUCGACCACGAGAUAGCUUUCUUACACCAUCGCCUUUUUCUUGCCACUUAUAUUUCAGCCGAAGCGAAGCUGUGUGUUAUUAUAAUAGUGACGGGAGUAAAAGCGUUUUUGUGAUAAGUGAGACGGACUAGGUGACUUAGGAAUAAAAAAGUUAAGCGCUAACGUCCCAUGCGAGGACAGCUUGCAGGUGUGCGUCGUACACUUCAAAGAUGCCGAAAUUUUUUUUCACCCUCAAUUCAAAGCACCGCGCAACACACCAACACAAACACGCUGUUGCACUUCCAUCGCAAACAAACAAACAUGCACCCUACACCAGCAACGGCCGGGCAUAGCAAAAACUUAUUCCGAUGAUAACAUUCACGGGCACCCAAGCAGGGCUCGCCUUUUUGUGAGUGGCCCGUAGAGGGCGCUCGCACCAAGAGAGUUUCAAUGUUAAACGGUUUUCGCUUUCCUAUAUGAACGACAUAUCGUGUUGGCGUGGAAUGUGCACAUGCGAGUGCUUGUACGCACGCACAUGUAAACGGUGUGCUACUAAUCUUUGCAUAAAAAAAGUUCGUGAAGCCCGUACGAAAGUUGUUUACCCCACCCUGUAUAUACGAUGACCCACCAUAGACCACGCGGUUGCGCGCCGACAGCGGCAGAGUAUUUUAUGUACCACGUUGACGAUGACAGAGAAAGGACGUAGCUCUUUUUUUUUCUUCUUCAAUGUCUAUACUACUACUUCAACAACAACUACUACACAAAUAUUGCGAGCGUACGUAUAGUCGUGUUCUGUCGAGAUGCAUGCGUCUGUAUAAUGGGGCAAAGUGAAAACGACGAAACAAAGCCUAUACUUAUCUCUAUCCCGAUGUUACGAACACAUAUGUCUCCGCUAUUACCACCUCUGACCGAGUGAACAAUCCCUCUUCCCGCCAACCUAUAGCGUGUUAUGCCCUUGUUAUACCGUCUCCGAAUGUGACCGCGUCGUGAGUUCGCGCGCCGCUACUGAACAUUUUGUGUCGCUGUCAUAGGACGAUGCAGAUUGAAACAACGUGCGCGGUUAUGUGUGCGACUAUAUUGUUGUGCCUCGAUUCACAUUACCCGCCUCCCUAUCUCCCCACUCACCCAUUCCAACCUUGCCGUACCCUCUCCUCUCCAUCCCCCCCCCCCCCUCUCGCCCCAUACCAUCCCUUUCCCACUUUAUCGCCGAUCUCGUCGCAUAACCCGUAUAAUAGGCGUGAGGUAACAUGUGUUUACUUGACGUAUCGUGCUGUAAAGUAAACAUAUUACACCGCUGGUCGGGCGCCAAGCGUCACGGGCACAUGGUUGCAAACCGAACCCAUGGCCGCGGAAAUGACGAGCUAUUUGAAACCCGCGCAGCAACGCAAACCAGUACCCCCCCCCCCCCCCUUCCUCCCCCCCUCCCCCCCUUUUUGUGACUUUGAUUGAAGUGAUUCCGCAAUAAACACGACU